AUGAUCAAAUUCUUCUUGAUUGUCAACAAACAAGGACAAACAAGGCUAUCCAGAUACUAUGAGUGUGUAGAGGUACAGAGAAGGACACUGUUGGAAUCUGAGGUCAUCAAACUUUGCCUUUCCCGUUCCAAAGAUCAGUGCUCCUUUAUAGAGUAUAAGGACUUCAAACUGGUUUACCGCCAGUAUGCAGCUCUUUUCAUUGUGGUUGGAGUAGAUGAGUCAGAGAAUGAGAUGGCUGUUUUUGAGCUUAUUCAUAAUUUUGUUGAAGUUUUGGACAAAUAUUUCAGCAGAGUGGUAAGUAUAAUGAUCAUGUUUAAUCUAGACAAGGUGCACAUUAUUUUGGAUGAAAUGGUAUUAAAUGGCUGUGCUGUGGAGACAAAUAAGACCCGGAUUCUCGCUCCUCUGCUUGUAUUGGACAAAGUGGGAGACAGCUGA